AUGUCCUUCAUAGCCACCAUCAGGAAGUGGGCAAGGUCGUGGAUGCCGCCAAUGGUAGUUGGGCGAGGUUCAGGGACAUGAUGCAGAGAAAGUACAGGUUGGGGGAUGGCUUGCUAACCAUGGCGGAUUUGGAGGCCAUGAACAAGGACGACUUCUCCACGAUUGGGGCGUUUGUGCACGAGUUUAAAAGAAAGGCGCGAAAGGUGCACGGGAUCUCCGAAGAAACGCAGUGUGCCAUAUUUUUGGGUCUGCUUACUGGCUCGGAGGCCUCGGAGCUGACGGGUCACGGAGGGGGAAAUGAGAAACUCACCUGGGCCACUAUCGGCAAAGGGGUGGAAGAGGGGAGCCUGGACCAGGUGGAGCAGCACCAGGUGCGGCUGCAAAGGCGCAAGAGAAAGGGAAGGGAUGCCACCACGUCCGGGAGCCCAGGGGUGAAGAGGACCGUCACGGACGUAUUGGCAGCGCUGGGGUAUGAUAACGAGGCGGAAGUGCAAAAGAGGGGAGUGAUCGUGGCCCAAGGCCGGACGUCGGGGGCAGUCAAAGAGGAGGCUAGGCGUGAGGACUAUGGCGGAGAAGAGACGGGCUCCCAGAUCCUAACCAAGGCCCAGAGGAAGCAGCGGAAUUUACAAGUGGGGGGUCAAGGAUCCGGAAAAGGGCAGGUCCCGCAAGCGAUUGUUGCGCCGCCACCUGCUGCCACGACAACGUCAGCGACGGUCGAGCCGUCAUGUAUGGGGUCGCCGCCGGCUUGUGGGCACUGGGUGCCGCAUUGUCAGCCUGCAUCCUGGCCCAGUUGUAAUCACUGCACCUCGUGCGGGGGUAGUCAAACUCACCCCGGGCAAAUGGUCCCUUAUGCGGGCCCAACAGCAAGUAUGGGGCCCCCGAGCUACCCUGCGGCUCAGGGUCAGCUUGUGGCCCAACCACCUCCCUCCCAACAGGCCUCGCAGGCUAGCGUGGCCGGUGGAGGAAACCAAGGACAAGACGGACAAGGCAAUAGAGGCCGAGGUCAAGGGGGUCGAGGAGGUGGCGGCCAAGGCCGGGGAGGAAAUGGUGGGGGUCGUGGGGGUGGUUGGAAUGGUCAAAAGGGCCAGAACCAAGGUGGCCGGGGUGGCCAGGAAGGGGGCCAAGGGUAUGGGAGGCCCCGCUUUGAUUGGCGAAAUGCCACCUGUUGGCAUUGUGGCGAUGUAGGCCACACUGUGCGGUUCUGCGAGCGGCGGCGGGAGGAUGAAUUGUCAGGGUUAAUCUCCUUCUGUAUGGACGGGGAUAUAUAUGAUAAGUGGGGUGAGCAUAUCGACCCCAGGACCCCGGGAGGAAUCAGGCAAGAGGUUCUCCGACGAGCAGCAGCGGGACCCACAGCACCCCCGACAAUGUUUAGGAUGUGGCAGGAGAAGGAAGGGCCGACCGUAAGAGUCGAGGAGAUUGUAGGGGAUAGUGAGGAGGUCACUCAACGACUAAAGGCGGGGACUAUAAGGGAGGAGCCAAUAGUCGUCGAAUCGGAUGACGAGGGGCAGGAAGGCGAAGGAGAGCCGGCCAUAGUCCUCAUGGGGAGGAUGGAAGAUCUGCUGGAAAAGGUGGGAAGGUACCAGCGGACGUUGCAGGCCCUGUGUGAAGAAGCCCGAGAGUGGGAGGCCAAUCUACUUGAGGUCUUCCUCUACGACUCCGGACCUGAGCCUUCGCCAGGACAACAGGGGUACCCAAGAGUGGCGACUGUAGGGACGGGCCCUAGGUCAGGUAUGGCCUAUAGACCCCCCACGUCGCAUGGGAGGGUGCCGCAGGCGGCUCGGACUAGGAGCCAAAACAAGGCCGGGCCUAGCCAAAAGCCCAGUCAGGCACCCCCUCGAAAGGAGUCCAAGCCAGGACGUAGGAAGGAGGUGGUGGAGGUCCCGGAGGAAGAGGAAGAGGAUGACGACGAAGAGGAUGAGAGGCUCCGACAAGAGGAGGAUCAGCGGGCGGAGCUGAGGGCCAAAAAUAGAUAUAUAGUAUAGUUGAAUUCAAAAUGUAAUAAAUGCUUUAUCAAACG